GUGCAUCCUGACGUCACGGGGGACGACGGCACCAUGCUUCGCAAGGUCCAGGAUGCCUACCAGCUUCUCGAGGAGCUCCGAGACCCGACCGUCUACCACAGUUCCGUGGAGGAUGGCGUGCCGGAGUGGGCCUCGGGGUUGCUCCAGGGCAUCGAGUGGACCGCAGAAUGUAGCAGCUUCGCGGACUUCUUGUUGAAGCCGGACAACAAGGCUCUUGCUGUCGGCGAGCAGAGUGAGAGCACCGGCACGCGCCCAUGGGCAGCGGCAUGGGGCAAGUUCUCACAGCAGGAUGCCAACUCAGAAGCGCUUC